AUGUCUGGACGCGGCAAGGGUGGAAAGGGCCUUGGAAAGGGUGGUGCAAAGCGCCACCGCAAAAUUCUUCGCGAUAACAUUCAGGGUAUCACCAAACCCGCCAUUCGCCGUCUUGCCCGUCGCGGCGGUGUGAAGCGUAUCUCUGGCCUCAUUUAUGAGGAGACCCGUGGCGUUCUCAAGAUUUUCCUGGAGAACGUCAUCCGCGACUCUGUCACCUACACUGAGCAUGCCAAGCGCAAGACCGUCACUGCCCUCGAUGUCGUCUAUGCUCUGAAGCGAUCUGGCCGCACCCUGUACGGUUUUGGGGCGUGA